AUGAAUAGGAACGGAAAAGGUAGAAACAAGAAUCAAGCGACGGCAAAUUCGCCACCGUGGUUGGAACUACCGGUAGAAAUAUGGGCCUACAUAUUACAUAAGCUGGGUGCUAUAGAGAUACUGCUGAGGGCACAGAACGUGUGCACUACGUGGAGGCGAGCGUGCAAGGACCCUUCCAUGUGGCGUGUCAUUGACUGUCGCGUGUCCACUUCCAUGUGGCAUGUCAUUCACUCCAAACGGAGUGAGUACAUAAACUUCGACAAGUGGCACUUUUUGGUAGAGAUGUGCCGCCACGCGGUUGAUCGCAGCCAAGGUGAACUUGUCGAUAUUAGAUUGGAGUUCUACGCCACGGACGAGUUGCUUGCUUAUGUAGUGGAGAGAUCACCCAAACUUAAAAGCCUUAGUUUUGUGAAGUGGACCUUGAAAUUGGAAUCUAAAGUCUUUGUUGAAGUAGUUCAAAAUCUGCCGUUGUUGGAAGAGGUAUUUGUGAGCUACAGUCCUAUCACGAAAGAAAACAUUGAAGCUCUUGGACACUAUUGCCCAAGGUUGAAGUUGAUUGCAAUGAAUUGCUCAUUUUAUAUGGGCGGUUAUUACUCUGAUAGAAGAACUGAUGAGGCUUUAGCUAUUGCUAAAAACCUGCCUGCUUUGCACCACCUUUAA